UUUGUCGUCACCGAUCCCUCUCUGCCGGAUAAUCCGAUCGUGUAUGCCUCGCAGGGCUUUCUCAACUUGACGGGAUACUCCUUGGAUCAAAUUCUCGGACGAAAUUGUCGUUUCCUACAGGGACCCGAGACCGACCCCAAAGCCGUGGAGCGUAUCCGUAAGGCCAUUGAACAGGGGAACGAUAUGUCGGUCUGCUUGCUCAAUUAUCGCGUGGACGGUACCACAUUUUGGAAUCAGUUCUUCAUUGCUGCCUUGCGGGAUGCUGGUGGCAACGUGACCAACUUUGUGGGGGUGCAGUGCAAGGUGUCC